CACUACACACGCCAUUCAGUCUCUCUCUCUAGUCGAUAUCAAGGAUGUACAAGGAAAGAUAGGAGUUCGAUCAAACAAAUUAAUUACUGAGAGACAUCAAGAAAUAAGGUCUCAUUCUCUGUGCAAUGUUAACCAAGGAUUUAAUUUGUGUCUAUAUAUUUACUAUCUACUGUGUGACUUUUGCAUUGUCCGUGUGCCCCACGGGAUGGGCCCGUAGUGGCUCGAACUGUUACUUCACAUUCCCGGAACUUUUGAAUAGAUCUGAAGCGUCAUCGCUGUGUGCCUCCCACUCUUCGUAUUUAGUAUCCUACUCAACUCAAGACGAUUGGGAUUACAUCUCAAGUCUAGUCAAAGCCAGUAACCUAGACAAGGGGUUCUGGACAGGUCUUGAGUUAUUGAGAGGCGCGUGGACUUGGGAUGACUCCAGUCCAUACAAGGAGCUUUAUCGAUGGCAAACCCCAAACCAGCCAGGUAUAAAUUACGUUGGCUACAUCCCAUCCCCGACCAACACUUUGAUGUGGGGGAAGCUGGUCCUGAAUGGAACCAACGUGUUUCUUCAGUUGGAGGCCAAUACGACAGAGCUGCAUCCGUUUUGCAAGAGAGAGAUAGAUGCGCGAGAUCUCUGCGAUACGAGCGAGAAUUGGGUGAGACUGCGUGCGGAAUGUUAUAAGUUAUUCCCGCCAUCCACAUGGGCAGACGCAGUCAAUGCUUGUCGCGCCACCAGCGGUCAUCUUUUGGCGCCAACAAAGGAUGCCGACCUGACUUCCAUUACUUCUCUUUUAACAUCUAACAUUAGCAUCUGGGUGGAUGCAACAGACUCGGACAGUCUCGGACUAUUCUAUACCAGUACUAAAGACAGAGUAAGCUACUUGCCCUGGUUGUCAGACCCAACAGGUGGAGGAUACGCCAUAAAUGUCAACAGAACGUGCGCUCUGGCGGCAUUUAACGACUCACACUUCGGUUACCAGACUCAGUCCUGCACUGCAGAGCUGCCCUUUGUUUGCAAAAUGCCACAAGGAACCUGUCCCCUUGGAUGGAUACAGGACGGCAUCGACUGCUACCAGCUUCAUAUACGGCCAGAGGAGAAAAUGACAUGGUCAGCGGCAGUGGACCAUUGCAGCAGACAAGGCGCCACUAUGAUUCAGUAUGCUAUGACAACUAGAGCAAAGACGAUAUUAAACAAGGAACUUCAGGAUAAUGACAUAAAUUUAGUCUGGAUUGGAUUUAGUGGUACCGGUUUAGACUUCCGUUACAUUGAGAACGAUAUAGUACGGGAUAAGAUCAUAGAGUACGACACGACUGAUAUUACUGGUACAAACUCUAGAUGUGGAGUCACUGACGUAGCUCCAGACAAAAGUCUGAACCUGGCCGUCUAUUGCUUCACCCCUAGAAAUUUUAUCUGCACUGCUUCACUGACUGAUACCACUAAUGAAAUUCCCCCACCUAAUAUUCGAUGUGACCCUGGCUGGACAAUCUACAAUGAUUAUUGCAUCAAGGUUGAACUCAACCUUUCCAACUUCACUGAAGCCCAGAAUACAUGUCAAAGAGAAAAUGCCAGUUUGUUUAUCAUCAACAAUGAUAUUGACCAGUCCUUGUUCUCAACAUCCACGUUUCUAUCUGAGGGCAUUGAUUAUUACUGGAUUGGGGUUAUUUAUGAUGUAACUAAAUCAGCAUACACAUUAGUAAAUAGUGCCGACCAGCCCAACAUAAUGAACUUUGACCCACAACAGAGGUACAGUUUAUCUGAAGAACCUUGCAUAUUUAUUGAAACUGGUUCAUUAUGUCCAUUCAUUGGUGCAUGGGUCAGAGAUGUCUGCUCAUCAAAGCACAAAUUUGUAUGCCAGAAAGCAGGUGUGCAAGUUGUUAAUCCUACUGUAGAUAUUCACACUCUAUGGUCUCCUCGAUGCAGUGCUGGCUGGCUUUACAGUCCUGACACCAAUCAAUGCUAUCUUGUGUCUGCCUUCACUAGAAAAACAUGGCAAGAUGCCAGAUCAGAUUGUAAUUCUCAAAGUGGAGACCUCCUUAGUAUAUCUGGAGAAGUGGAGCAGUUGUACAUAGAAAAGCUGUUAAAAUCUAAUGAGUUUAAACAUCUAGAACAGCCAUUAUGGAUUGGUGCAAAAGAUGUUUGGAAUGGACAUGGUUGGGGCUGGUCAGAUAAAUCACCUUUCAGUUAUUUACACUGGGGUCAAGCUCAACCAGACUAUGACAGUGAUGAUGGAAACAACUGUGGCUAUAUGCCAGUGGCUCAAACAUUUGAAUGGGAAUCAAGGUCCUGUCUGGAAAAACUUGGAUUUAUUUGUGAGAAACCAUCCUUGUCAGAAAACAAUGGAGCAGUUCCUACACAGGCACCUUUUAAGACUUGUAUACCUGAGCCUUUAAUCUCUGGUGUACACAGCCUUCAGUUUGCUACAAGCUUUACAGCAUCCUCAUACUUGGAUGACUACCAUAGACCAGAAAACUGCAGAAUUUUAUCAGUGGAUACAGAUGUGUACUGCCAAACUUUUCACAUAGGACAAAAUGACUGUCACAAAAGUCGGGCAUGGAGCCCAGCCAAUGAUAGUGCAGAGGAGUGGCUGGCCAUCCAUUUUCACUCUCCUGUCACCAUAACUGACAUUAUUCUGAAAGGUGAAGAUCUCACAGACAAAUAUGUGAGCAAAUUUAAGGUUCAGUAUCAGUACGAUGAUUCCUCACCUUGGAUCUGGAUUGUUGAUACAGAUAGAUAUGUCAAGAUUUUUGAUGGAGUUAGCUCACCUGACAGUUCUACAUCCUUUUUGUUAAUUGGAGAUUUGCAAGCCCAGGCUGUGAAAAUCUGGCCAUUGGAGUGGAGUUAUGGUAUUGCAAUACAGAUUGAACUCAUGGGAUGCAUGGAAGACCUCUGUCAGCCAGAGUAUGCUUUGAGUGGUCCACUCAUUGUCAGUGAUGAACAGAUUACAUCUUCAUCCUCUAAGCCAGGAUACUUACCAUUGAAUGCUAGGUUGGAACCAGUUAGACAAGACCAGCAGCUGUCUUAUUGGAUGCCAAACAACAGUGACACAUCUCCUUGGAUACAGGUUGACUUGGGCAAAUUGAGAUUAAUUCGAGGGGUUACAUUGGAAGGUAACUCCAUGUUUAACAACUAUGUGACUAAGUUUCAACUUCAGUUUAGCCAGACUACCAACAUCUCUGAUUUCAUAACAUACACUGAGCCCUAUGGAUCUGUUAAAAUAUUUGAUGGGAUAGGAGCCAAUCAGCCAUCUCCAAUGACAGUGUAUCUAAAGUCCAGUGUAACAGCUAGGAUGGUCAGACUUGUAGUGGUAGAUAAAAACUUACAGACUGCCCUCAGAUGGGAUGUGUUAGUUUGCUCAACAGGCUGCCUGGCAGAACCAGUAAUGAACAAGAGAACCAACUAUAGACUAAGUGCCUCAAGCAGCCAAACAAAUCACUUGCCAGAGAUGUCUAAGCUGAACACCCUAAGGGAUGGAGCUUUGGCUGAUGGCUGGAGGCCAUUAGAUGACCGACUGCCAGACACAUCAUAUAUUACGGUUGAUUUAGGAACUGUUAUGCUUGUCACUACAAUAGCCACUCAAGGUUCAGCAUCUGAAAGCUCUUGGGUUCAAUCCUACUUUCUCAAGUACUCCACUGAUGGCGUGUCCUACUCCAAAUAUCGAGGCAACAUCACAAAUUUUGAGCAUAGUCAGGAAAAUGUAGACUCGGUGAUGUUUGAGGCAAAUUUUGAUGGUUCAACUGUUGUGAAAAAUGAGUUAACUCCACCUGUUCGUGCCAGAUUUGUUAGUUUGUUUCCCCAUUCCUUCCACCCAUCUAUUGCCCUUCGUUGGGAAGUCUACGCAUGCCCUGAUUAUGUAGAUACACCCAUUGGCUGCUACAAGGAUGAGAACGCUGACCCAGAUUUACCUUAUUCUCCACCUCAGGAUAGUUUUGCCAGCAUUUCACCAGCGUCUUGUAUUGGACAUUGUUCUCGACAGGGUUACCAUUAUGCUGGUGUUGAGAAUGGAACGCAAUGUUCAUGUGGAAACAGUUACGGUAUGUAUGGCCCAUCACAGGAUUGUUCAAUGCUUUGCAGUGACCCCUACUCAGACAGUGUUUGUGGAGGCCCAAGUUCAAAUCUCAUCUUCAGCACUGGUCUUGGAUUGUCUAGCCUCGUGUGCCCUGAUGGUUGGCUCUCAUUUCGCAGCAAGUGCUACAUGCUGUUUGCUUUUAAUUUGUCCUGGUUUGAUGCAGUCUAUGCCUGUGGGAAUAUGUCUUCUAAUCUUGUGGACAUUCAAGAUCAUGCUGAGAAUCUUUUUGUAACAAGUUUGCUCAGUAACAUAGCAUCAUUAGCUUGGUUAGGACUAAAUGAUUACAGAAGAAGUCUUACUUAUGAAUGGACAUCACAGUCACAUGUAAAUUAUACUAAUUGGGGAACUCACCAGCCAGCAGUGAACUCUGGAAUCUUAUAUCACAGUGUUGCCAUUGCUCAGGAUGGAACAUGGAGCACCAGGUCUAGUGACAGCAAGUUUCCAUUUUUAUGUGAAACAGACAAAGUUCAGACUACAAAGCCAGUUAACAUCAGACAGGAUCCUGGCUGUCCACAGGGUUGGUUUGUCUACUUGAACAAAUGUAUCCAGGUGAAUCGAAUGAAGAACAACUGGCAUGAUGCAAAAUCAGUAUGUGAACUUGGAGGUGCCACUUUGUUGCAUAUUGAUUCCAGCCUGGAAAAUGACUUUGUGUCCAGUCUUUUGACCCGAUCUGAUGGUCAGUAUUGGAUAGAUAUUUUGGACUCCAACUCUACAGGACUGUACCAGCACUCCUCAGGAAGAGCUGAUGUGUACUUCACAAGCUGGGGAAUAGGCCAACCAGAUUCUGAUGGCCAGUGUGUUAGUGUAGGUAGUGGCUAUCUUGCUGGGUCAUGGUCCAAUGAUGCAUGUGAUUCCAAGUUCAGAUUUCUUUGCCAGCAACCUACCAAUAUAACAUCUUCUACAACAACAUCCCAACAACCCACCACACAACCAGCCUUGCAGUGUGCCAGUGGUUGGCUGGAUGUGGGAGAUAACCAAUGUGUUCAGUUUAAUGCUGGCAAUAACAGUGUACCACAAUUAAGUUGGCAUGAAGCUUCUGAAAAUUGCAAAAAUGUCGGAGCCAGUCUUGUCAGUUUUCACAGUGCACAAAGUAUCAUCAAAAUUCUGGACACACUGAGGCAAAUUAAACCAGACGUUGGUAACUUGUGGAUUGGAUUGAACUGGUUUGAUCAGUCUUCUGGCUAUUCAUGGGCAGAUGGGUCAGUCUUAAAUUUUGUCAGUUGGGCCAUUGGUCAGCCCCAGACAACUAAAGAUGAUAUCUGUGGUGAACUUUUGACUGUGUCUGGAAAAAUGGGGCUACAAUCUUGCUCUCAACUGAAAGGUUGGAUCUGUGGCAUACAGAAAGGCAAGCCAGUUGUAAAUGUUCCUGCUGUAGUUUAUCCACAGCCAGAUAAAGAUGGGAAGUGUUAUAAUGGUCAAGACAUCUGGAUCAAGUAUAAGGGCAACUGUUACUACAUCUCAGAUGGUCAGGGCGGAGCUGACCGCUCCUUGACCUGGAGGGAGAGUAGAGACUGGUGUGGGAUGCACAACGCUGACCUGGUGUCCAUUAACAGUGCAGAGGAAAAUCUCUUCCUUCAAGGUUUGUUGAUCUAUGGGAUUCCAGCACAAUCUGUUUGGAUAGGUUUGAAUGAGCUGGAAAGAAACAGUGGAUACAGUUGGUCUGAUGGUAGCCCACUUGGCAAAUGGGGUCUGAAUUGGAAUGUGAAUGAACCAAACGAUGAAGGUGGCUUUGAAGCUUGUGCUGAGCUUUUGGUGAGAAAUGGAAAAUGGAAUGACCAGAACUGUGCUAAACAUCAAGGAUUUAUUUGCAAACAAUUAGCAUCAGGAGGUAACUCUAGCCAAAAUGUCCCCCCUAUAAGACCAGAUGGAAACUGUCCACAUGAAUUUGUCAAAUUUGGCCAAAAGUGUUUCAGAGUUAUGGGCCUUGACAGAGCUGACAACAAGCUGCCUUGGAAAGAUGCAUAUACUUCCUGUAGAAAUAUGAAAGUUUCUGCCAGCAAUAACUACACUGUAGACUUAGCCAGUAUCUCAUCAGAUCUAGAGAAUGCCUUUAUAACCACUUUAUUAGUGGACAAAAAACAACCUGCCUGGAUUGGCUUGAAGCGACGCAUUGGAGGUCAGCUGUACUGGUCAGAUAAUGAAGAUCUUCAUUUUGAAAACUGGAACACUGGAGAACCAAAUAUGGCAGUCACAGAUGAAGGCUGUGUAUUCAUUGAUGGCUCCAACACUUCAGCUGGCAAAUGGGGUGAUGAGGUUUGUGGUCAGGUGAUGGCUUAUGUGUGCCAGGGUUGGACAGAUCCAACAAUACCACCUGUGUUUGUCCCCCCAUCUGCCAAAUGUGAUACCACACAAGGGUUCCAGGUAUUUGGCACAUCUUGUUUCAAGUUGGUCAAUCAGAGUGCAACCUGGCAACAAGCUCAACAAGGCUGCAAAGACAUGGGAGCUAACUUGGUCUCUGUUCUGAAUGCUUUUGAUGCUGCUGAGUUACUGCUCCUGAUUAGAGAUUUUGACUUUGGUGUUUGGAUAGGCUUAAAUGACAUCCAGACCCCAGGCACGUAUGUUUGGGACAGUGGAUAUCCAGUGACUUACACUCAAUGGGGCCAACAUCAGCCACUGGAUGAAUCUGGAUGGGGCUGUGUGUACAUGACGAAGAAUGGAUAUUUCAACAAUGGAUACUGCUCCGGCACUAGGGCCUUUGUUUGUAGACUGGAUUAUGAACCUGCUCAGUUUACACCAUCCAAGCUUAGUGGGUACUGUGCCAGCCAUGAGUUUACUUUAGUUGGCACUAUCUGUUACUUGCUGAUGACCAAUCAAAGUGUGAGCUAUGACACUGCUUUGAAAGAAUGUAGAAACAGACAAGCCACUCUAGCUUCUGUUCAUGUAGACAGUAACACCUUGAAUAUAUCUGGCACACUGGACAUUUGGAUAGGAUUACGCCAAAGUCUUAAAGGAGGCUUUUACUGGGAUGAUGGAUCAGCUGUGGACUUUACUGAAUGGUCAUCUGGUCAGCCGGAUUGGUCAGGGUUUGAUGAAGUUGACAAAGGGUGUGUUGCAAUGAACAGCCAAGGGAAGUGGACCAACAGACAUUGUCAAGAUCAAUUAGGGUUUUUGUGUUCAGCACCUAGAAGUUUUGAUAUAGAUCACCCUGAGUUAACAAUCUCAUCUACAACAUCCAGUUCUGUGACAUUGGUUACAUCAGUCGCAUCUAGCUCUGUGACAUUGGCUACAUCAGUCGCAUCUAGCUCACUGUCCACAGCCAUUAGCAGAUCUACACUUGCAACUACUCAGUCCAGCAUGCAGUCAUCGCUACCCAGCGUACAGUCAUCCACUGGUAACAUUGUAACCCAAGCUGCAGCCCAUGGUUCCAAGUUGGAUUCUGGGGACAUUGCAGGUAUUGUCAUUGGUGUCAUCCUGUGCAGCAUCGUCAUUGUCCUUCUUUCUCUCUUCCUUGUGAAAAGAUACGGCCACUUAAAGUCCUCCUUCUUGCGACAAGAAGCCUCUCGGAGCAAAAAUUUUGAAAACAGCCUUUAUGAAGCAACCCACAAAGACACUCUGUCCAAAUUUGAUGAUGAGGUGGACGCAGUCAGUAUCCUGGGCUUGGACAGCAGGGGUCACCAUGUCAGUGUCAGCUACACAGCAAAAGACAGAAGUCUGUCUCUGAACCCUGCAUCUGACAUAAGGACGAGGGAGGACACUGCAUCUUACAUUCCCCUUGAGGAUGAGCUGGGAGCUGGAACUCAAACAUAACAACAAAGUAACUGUCACUUCACUCAGUAGCAUGGACAUGUUAACCAAUAUAAAUAAGGCAUAUCACAGAGUUUUUUAAAAAUGUAAUUUUAUAAUUAAUGUUACAGUUUUGCAAUCUGAUCAAUUUGUGUUUAGUGUAUUAUUUCAUCCCUGUUUCUUUUCGUUUGAACAAAUUCCCCAAAACAUAUUUGACAAUUUUUUGUUAUCAAGGCUAUAAUUAUGAACAAUCAUUUUUGAUAUUAGAAUUUUAGAAUAUCUGUUUCUUUUAAUAUAAUAGUAAUUAUGUGUAACAAAACAAUAACAAUAUGGUCUAAAUACUCACAUGUCAGGCUGUCCUUAUUUAUUAAAGUUCAUAUCUUAUUAAUGUUAGUCAAGCUUAGGUCUUACAUUUGUUCGUUUCUUCUGUGAAACGAACGGUUAACAUUAUUAUUUGUACUUGUGAUAACCGGUACCUGUUAAUAUUUGUGUAAAUAAACUCAGUUUUCAGUGAGACCUAAAUGCUUAAAGUGUCUGAAGAGUAAUUGAAUGUUUUAAACUAUCACUAUGUUAUUGAACUUAUUGAUGCCUGUCUUGUCAUUGAGAAAGUAGGCUACAUGUUACAUUUUUAGUAAAUUCCUUUCAAUUUAGAACCAAUUAUUAAUUUAACAUUCACAAAAACUGAUAUUUAAAAAAUUAUUUAUUUGAAAAUGUUUUAUGAACUAUACAAACAACCCUUUCAUUUGAUUAUUGCUUGAUCAUUUUAACUAUUUCAUUCACUUUUGUAUAGAACCUUGCACAAAAGUAAAUUUUAAUCUAUGAGUCACUCUUUUGUGAGUUUUCAACCAAACUGCAAAAAAAAACACCUUUUUUUUUAUCUGAAAACUUACUUUGAACUUUCUCUUUGUUUAAUCAUCAAAGUACAGGGUGUGAAUGUAAAGGGUAUGUGUGUAUGUAAAAUCUUUCAAUUUUCUGGAUGAUCCAUUGCAAAAGAAGAUUCAGAUUGUUUAAAUUGUUAAAGGUUAUUUGUUGUAGCUGUUUAAUAUUAGUCAAAAUGUAAUUUAUUUUGUGGUCAUUUAAAAAAAAAAAUAUAUUAUUAUGGAAAGUGUUAAUAACUGAUCAUCAUUCUAUUCAGUGUAUUAUUUAUGUUUCAAUAUUACUGGAUUCUUGUACACUCAUACACUAUUUAUAUUUGUAUUCAUUUUACUUGUAUAUAAUUGUUGUAGGGAAUGAAAUGUUGAAUAAGUGUAAAAUGUGGAGACAUAUAUAUAUAUAUAUAUAUAUAUAUAUAUAUAUAUAUAGGCCUACUCUUUUCCGCAUAACUUCAAUACAUGAUUCAUUCACUAGAACUCAAAUCUAGACACAUGAAUUAUCUAUCUACACCAGGGCUAGAAUUAGGUUUCUGAUACAAGAAUAAACUUUUCACAAGGAGAGUUUAAUAGCUGCCAACCCCCAGAGACACAAAGCUGAUUUACACACUAUUGGACGUGUGUGGACACUUUGUGUUUAAACAUUGUGUUUAUCUAUGUAGAAAUUUGUAUUUUUUUUUUUCUACAUGCAAUUUAAUCUUGAUAAACCAAAAAAAAAAAAGUUACUGAUAAAGUUUGCAAACUGUUUUUCUUAGUACAUUGAAACAUUAGAGCUGAACUAUGUAUAAUUAAUAGAGGAAUAAAGGACUGAAAAAACAA